AUGGGUUUCACAUUAUCAAAUUUCACAGGUGAUCCAUUUGCUAUAUCUACUAUAUCAUUCGGUAUUAUAUCUUGGAUCGUAGCUUUAGCUGGAGCAGCAGCAUCAGAACAAUCUUCAUUUCCACAUUUUAGUUGGUGGGGGAUAGCUUAUCAAAUUGUUAUAAUUUUAUUAAUUUUUUUAUUAUAUUUAAAUAAUAAUAUUGAAUUAUAUAAAUUUACAUUAGUUGGUUUGGUUUCAAUUGCAUUUAUUUAUACUACAAAUUCAACAAAUAAUUUAAUUUAUAAUUCAAGUUCAAGUGGUAAUUUAUGUUGUGCCGCUGGUUGUAUAUUAUUAAGUAUAUUAAAUUUAAUUUGGAUAUUGUAUUUUGGAGGACAUCCAGAAUCUCCAACAAAUCAAUUUAUUGAUUCAUUUAGUUUAAAAAAUCAUGCUCAUGAACAUUUAGACUCGACUAAUAUGCAACCAAAUUUGAAAAUUGAAUCUUAUGAUGAUGGUUCAAAUAUGAAUAGUAAUGAUAAAAGAUCAAGUCAACAAGAUUAUAGAAGACAUAUUUCCCCAGUACAAAUACCAGAAAAUAAUAACCUUGAUAAAUCAACAACAAACAAUAAUCAAUAUGUAACAUCUUCAAAUUUAGCUGGAUUGGAAAAUUUCAGUUCACAAGAUAUUCAUCGUGAUUUAACAUCAAUAAACAAUAAGAAUUCAAAUACAAAUAAUACAGGUACAAAUACGACGAAUAUUACAAAUAAAAGAUCUAAUUUAUAUAGUGAUUCAGAAGCAGGUACAGGUAUAAUUUUUAGAUAUAAAGCAAAAGCAUUAUAUACAUAUGAUGCAAAUCCUGAUGAUAUAAAUGAAAUUUCAUUUGUUAAAGAUGAAAUUUUAGAAGUUGAUGAUAUAGAUGGUAAAUGGUGGCAAGCAAGAAGAGCAAAUGGUCAAGUAGGUAUAUGUCCAUCAAAUUAUGUAAAAUUACUAGACAGUUAG